UUCUACAGAAAUAGGAAGGUCGUUGAUUACUCACAGUUUCAGGAAUCUGAUGAUGCAGAUGAAGAUUAUGGAAGAGAUUCGGGUCCUCCUGCUAAGAAAAUUCGAUCAUCUCCCCGAGAAGCUAAAAAUAAGAGGCGAUCUGGAAAGAAUUCACAGGAGGAUAGUGAGGACUCAGAAGAAAAAGAUGUGAAGACCAAGAAGGACGAUUCUCACUCAGCAGAGGACAGUGAAGAUGAAAAAGAAGAUCAUAAAAAUGUGCGCCAGCAACGGCAGGCAGCAUCUAAAGCAGCUUCUAAACAGAGAGAGAUGCUCAUGGAAGAUGUGGGCAGUGAGGAAGAACAAGAAGAAGAGGAUGAGGCACCAUUCCAGGAGAAAGAUUCCGGCAGUGAUGAAGAUUUCCUAAUGGAAGAUGAUGAUGAUAGUGACUAUGGCAGUUCAAAAAAGAAAAACAAAAAGAUGGUUAAGAAGUCCAAACCUGAGAGAAAAGAAAAGAAAAUGCCCAAGCCCAGGCUAAAGGCUACAGUAACACCAAGCCCAGUGAAAGGCAAAGGGAAAGUGGGCCGCCCCACAGCUUCAAAGGCAUCAAAGGAAAAGACUCCUUCUCCCAAAGAGGAAGAUGAGGAACCAGAAAGCCCUCCAGAAAAGAAAACAUCUGCAAGCCCCCCACCCGAGAAAUCUGGGGAUGAAGGGUCUGAAGAUGAAGCCCAGUCUGGGGAGGAUUAAAAGUGAUGAUGGUUUGGGGAGAGAUUUUAUUAAAAAAAGAAAAAAGAAAAAAAGAGGGGAAAAAGAGAACCUACUUAAGAUAGAACAUGGUUUUGGCUAUGGCUUGACUCAUGGGCUUUCAGUGCUUUUUUCCAUUUGUUUAAAAUAACAUUUUCUCUCUCUCUCUUUUUUUUUUUUUUUUUUUUUUUUAAGAAAACCAUUGUAUGUUUAAGUUACCUUUUUGUCUGCUGGUCUUCUCUUUGCCACUACUCCCCUCCCCCACCAAUGAAAGCCAUGACAAAUUAAUCACUGGAUUGACUGCUUCAUCUUUUUAUUUUUAAUGGAAGGUGUACCACAGUUGUAAAGCAAUAAGAGUUGAGAUGAACACUAUGGAAACUUUGCUUUUUGCUAAUGAUAGCAAGUUGAACAGUAAUCAAAAACGUAGAAAGGUCUUAGUUAAAAAUGACCACUUCAUUCUCUACCUGGACUUUUAAAAAAUUAAUUGUCAUCUAAUAUGAGUUUAUAUUGUCUUUAUAAAUGUCUAAAAAAUCAUGACUUUGAACUUCCACUGAUGAGGCAGGUAGGAGAAAAAGAUGAAUUCUGACUUAUUAUUGAAAGUACUCAUUUUUACCUUGGGGAGAGGGCAGGAAAUGGGGGUACCUGACCCUGUUUGAGGGUGUGGUUUUCUUUUUUUGUUUCAUCACUUAUCUCUAAGACACUCAGAGCCAGUGAUACUUUUAUCCUGCUACUGCCUUUAAGGA